UUCCUUCACGUAUCUCAAGCUCCGGAGGAGCUCAACUGUGUUGGGAUGAAAUGAGCCGCGCCACUCCCGAAGGCUCCUUCGAGAUCCUGCUCGCAUUUCACGUGCGGUUGUCGACUCGGAAACUAUCCUCGGGGUAUUGUCGGAAAAAAUCAAUUGAAAAAAAUCAAUCAAAUUUCAACAGAAAGGAAACAACAAGAUAAAGAAAAAAAUAAAAAAAACCAUCACUUUUUUUUGGUAUCGACGACCUUAUCCCGCGAUGGCGAAACUUUUGGCACUUUUCAUCAUCGGCCUCGUCUGUGUUAUCGUCAAUGUACGAGGCCAAACAAACAACAAAAAACCUUUAAACGGUCAAGCGUUCGACGAAGUAGUGGUUUCAUCGGAUCUCAUAGUAAAACGUAAAUCGAAGGAAAAUCGUCAAGGAAAAAGAUUGCUGACGAACGUACCGUCGGGAACGACUGGUCCGCCGAGUAAGCCAACGGUAAACACAUCGAGGCUCAUAUCCAGCGACGGCAGUAGAAUAUCAUCGGGAAAUAGAAAUCGUCGGGAAAAUUCGAAAAACAGAUUGCUGGACCUCGGCGUCGCUGGAUACCUGCUGAAUUCUCGAAAACGUUAAACAAAUCAAUUGCAAAAUAAAACGAAACAACGUAAAGAAAGCAACAAAAAGAAGAAACACGAAAGAAAG